ACCACUCACUCUGCGGUUCUUCUUCACUUCUUGUGUGUGUUCGCCAUAUUCACCCCCAUCGCAUCCUUAUCUUCCUCCUCACUCUCCCACAAAUCUCCUUCGCUUCCUCUCUCUCUGGUAAUUAACUUUUCCUUCGAUUUCUUUCUUUUCAGCGACGGCCCUGAAUCCUGCAUUCGGUCUACGAGAGGUACGGUAUCUCCCCUCCUCGCCUAUCAAUUGCUCCCUCUUCUAGGGUCUUCCUUUGACUCCUCAAGAUGGCAGCUGAUCAACGAAUAAAACGGAAGAACAAUUCCAACUUUGUUGGUUUUUUUCCUUGGGAACAUCAUAGAACCAAAAAGAAAAAGAUUGCUUCACCGGGAAAUCGUUUGUAUACGAGAGAUCAUAUUAGCCUUGAGUGUGACAACGACCGAAAUAAGGUCAUUGCCAAGAAGGAACAAGUUGGACUAAGUUUGAAACAUCUGCGCCAGUUUGUGGAUACCAUUCCUCAUGGACGGAAUAUCCUGGCAGAAGUGUGCUUGGUUCCAAAAGAAAUUUUUGACUUGGAAAAUCUCUCAGUGGUACUUUCUUAUGAGGUUUGGCGGUGUUUCCUAUCAGAAGGUGAAAGAAAUUAUCUACAUCAAUUCCUUCCUAAGGUGGUAGAUGCAGAGAAAGUAGUACAAGUGUUGCUUGACGGAGAUAAUUUUCAUUUUGGAAAUCCUUUUCUUGACUGGGGAACAGCUGUUUGCUCUGGCGGGUUUCAUCCCGAUGGAGUUCUUUCUAAGGAGGAACGCAUUAGGGCUGAUAAAAGAAGAUAUUACUCAGAGUUACAAAAAUACCAUUAUGAGUAUGCAUAUUUUCUUUAUUCAGGCAACAGGAACAUCGGAGCUGCAGUUCUGCGUGAUUGUAAUUUUUCUUUCCUUGUUUCUGGUAGAAUUAUAGAUUAUUUGCAGAAGUUGAAGGAGAAAUGGGAAACCUGCAAAGAUCCAGAGAAGGAUGUUGCUGCAAAGAUGUGGGGGAGGUCAAGAGGGGGCAAUGCACAUCUUACUGACAGUCGUCGCCAGGCCCUUGAGCAGGGUCUAACUGCUGUGUCUGAAGCUUCCUCUUGGGGCGCUGAUGAGAAACUGUGUGCUAGCGAUAGUAAGAAUGCUUUUGUUGGUAGGACUAGAGAAGUUCAGAAAAGGUCCAAGAGUUUUGUAAAAAACAUAGAGAAAGAAAAAUCUGAAAAUCCCUGGGGUGCGCUGGAUAAUCCCGUGGACAUUGGUGCAAAAGCCAAAAAAAGGGACAAGCUACCGAACCAUAGCACCCAACAAACUGAUGGUGCUAAAUACAUGUCGUAUCUUAAGAUAAGCAAGAUGCAACAUCAGAUUGUCACAAGCAUGAAACAGUCUGGUAAAAGCAUUCAGUCAAGAGCACUGAAUCGUAUCUUAGGUAACAUUGAGACGUUGGAUGUACAACCUUAUGGAGUUUUUGUAAAAGAAGAACUGAAGAAACUGAAUGCACAUUGGCUGCAAGUGGCAAAAGACCUUCCUGCAGCAUACGCAAUCUGGAAAAAUUUACAGCUACAGAAAUGGGUUAUAAUCAGGUCUGUGGAAGGAGAACUGAAGGAAAAAGUCAAUCCAUGGAUGGAGGAUGAACAGAAACUGGACCAUGCAGAAAAUCCCCUUGGAAAGAUGGAAUUUCAUAUGCACUUGAGGAAUGCGCGCACUGUGGAAGAGAAUAGAGAAAGUUUGAUUCCAGAUCAGAACAAUGUCCUUGCGCCACUACAAGAAUGUGAUGUUGAAGUUUCUGGGAAUUCCAGUCGAGUAUCUGCUAGAAGUGACUCCCCUUCACUGGAGUCUUCCAAUUACAGUGAACAAAGCAGAGACUCGGGUCAGUGCUUGCAACUUGUGCCGUCUCCAUCACUGGUUUCUUCACCAAAUUGUGGCAAUAAGGUUAAUCUAGACGCUAUAGAAGAGAAACAAUAUUCCUUUCCUCGUUCUCCCAACAGAAACCAUGACGUCAAGGGAAAGGAGACUGAAGCAGACGAAUAUUCAUGCUCCUUACAAGAGCAGUGUCUCUCGCGGGCUUCUCCUGCUAGUGAGCACUGUGCCUUAGAGCUGAAUAAUAUCAAUUCUAUGGGCAAGAAACAUGUUUCACAAAUGGCGAAUUCCUCAUCAGUUAUUAUGACAGAACACUUAACAGAUUUGAGGAUCCCUUGUAUUGCUUCGGGUGAUGAGGACUCUCAGUUUUGUUCCAGCGGAGAUGUGUGGAAACCAGAGGCAGGAAUUGAGCAGUCUUGCAUUGAUCGUCAAGCUUACACCACAGGUGGUGGAUUAGCAAUCAUGCAUAAUCCUCAAGGUGAGGAAGAAGAACCAAAAAACUGCUUCAUAGAACUUGAGUCAGAAGUGAACAAGGAUGAUGGUAUGAAGAAUAUGUUGCAGAGGCUAACGAACAAUGGUUCCUUCUGUUCUUUCCCGAACAAUGAUCAAAACGAGUUACUCCAGUCUCUGUUCAAAGGGCAGGGCAUGCCGUCUCAUAAUCUGGAACAGCUUCACUCACAUUUUGAAGGACCGCAUAAUGAAGAGCAUAAACAGACGAUGAACGGUGGUCAGUUUGCAGGUCAUUUUCUGGCUGGAAUGCCUCCUCCACAUGCAACGGCUCAGGAACAGCAAAGACUGAAUCACAGUUAUGGCGUAUCGGAGAACAUUUACUGUGAUGAACGCGGAAUGUUGAUGCAGCGGCAGGACUGGAAUGCAAAUUCUGGACAGAUGGGAGUCAUUAUACAGCCCCAGUUGAGUAUAGGGCCUGUGUUAAGUCAGGACUGGCAGAUUAGGAGUGUUUGGGAAAACACAAACGAUGUGGGUUAUGCAAGCCAAGGCAGUCAAACAGUGGCCAACAGAGAUGAGAGCCUUGUCAGAGGCGUUAGUGAGGCAGAGCAGAUCCUUCACAGGGGUAGCACCUCAGACCAGAGCUUAUUUUCGGUUCUCUCUCAAUGUAGCCAACUGCACCACCCCAGAACGACCUUUGAGUCAACUAGUGCCAGUGAUCAAUUUGUUGCACCCAGUAACUCUGGUAUGAUGAUGGGUGAAGCAGCAGCAGCGAAGGUAGGCAGCUGUAUUCCUCAGCCUUUAAACCCACUCGGUUACUUGAGUGGCAGUAGCCAAACGACAUCAUUGAUGGCAGAUGAUGUUGGGUGGAUGAACAAUACCCAUCAGAGCUCUGCUCUCAACGACCCACAAGCCAAGCUGUAUCAGAGGUCACGGAAUCAAUAAUUCGGUGUAGGUGACAGAAACCACAUCAACAGCCGAACAAACAGGGAACAAACAGGGAAGAUGCUAUGGUUUGAGAGGUAAGAGCUCAGCAUCCGCAACUGCAAAUCUAUGGAGAAUCGGAGAUUGAAUACGAUAACCCAGUGGGAGGGGUUUCUUUUUGGGUUCUAGUGAGUAAAUAUACAUAGGGAGAUACAGAAAUGCAGAACCGAGGGAAAGCAGAUGGUCGUUUUGUGUGUGUAUAUAUAUAUAUAUAUAUAUAGGCGUUUGAGAUGUGGUAGAGAAAGCAGCUACUAGUUUAUGCUUCUUCUUUUUCAUUGCAUCGUCUUUACCAUCGUAUUCGGUUUUCUUGUGAUUGUUAUGUUGGAGAUUGGAGCAAAUGUUUUCCUGGGGAUUCUGCUUAUAUAAAAUACAGCCACAGAUGUGAGUUUUGUUUU